GUAAGAUUUAUUUUAAUUUAUAGCAUUUCUGUCCUUUACUGACGAACGAAGAACGGGGUUGACCUAGCUAAGCUAAGCUAACUUAGCUCAGUAACAGCUCAGCGCUGCUAACAGUUGUAUCUGAACGACUGUUUGCGAUCGCUGUGUGUGGGUGAGGGAGCUAAUCCGGAGAUGGAGGACUUCAGAAGGGCCUACCUGCGGCUGUGUAAGGAGGCCGGCUUGGAGCCCCAGGAAUCGGUCCUGGUUCAGCUCCAGGCUGUGACCGGCGGAACCAGACUGGACCUGAGUGGGCAGAGUCUGACGGUGGAGUCGUGCGCCGUGCUGGGCAGGACGCUGCAGAAGGACACGCUGUUCACCGAGCUCGUGCUCCAGGACUGUAUGCUCAGCGAGGAAGGCGCCAAGCUCUUCCUGAACGGGCUGUGUUCCAACACCACAGUUAGAGCGCUGGAUCUGAAGGGAAACAAUUUAAGAGGAGCUGGCGCAGAGGCUUUGGGGAAGUUGUUGGUGAGGAACAAGACGUUACGAAGGCUCGUUCUGGAGUGGAACGCUCUCGGCAUGUGGGAAGAAGGUUUUUCUAUUUUCUGUGAAGGUCUCGCCUCUAACAGUUGCCUCACCCAGCUUGACCUGCGCAACAACCAGAUCAACCACCAGGGGGCAGCAGAGCUCGCCUUAGCUUUAAAAAGGAACUCAGUCCUCGAGGAGCUUGAUCUGCGGUGGAAUAACAUUGGCUUACUGGGCGGUCGCUCCUUGCUAGAUGCUCUGCAGCAGAACCGCACUGUUCUCCAGGUUGAGAUGGCCGGCAACAACAUCCCCAGCGACAUCCUCAGAGCCAUCGAGCAGUCUAUGGAGCACAACGCAGACCGGCAGUCCGCUCUGAGAGAGAGCCGCUCCAGAACCCAGGUGCUCAGCAAGGAGAUCCAAAAUCUAAAGGUGGAGAAGGGCCGGCAGUUUGUAAGUCUGAUGGAGACCAUCGAUAAACAGAGGGAGGAGAUGGGGAGAAGCAGUAGAAAUUCAUCGAUGCGUCUAGGGCAGCUACAAGAAGCUCUACAUGAACGGAAGUCAGCUGUGAACUCUCUCACAGCCAAGCUGCAGAUGACCGAAGCUGCACUGGCUCUGUCUGAGCAGAAGGUCAAUAACCUGGGAGACCUGCUGACCAGACUGAAGCUGGAGAAGACUGAGCUCAUGGACCGGCAGUCCAGAGAACUAAAGAAACUUCAAGAGGAGAGUGUGCUGCGAGAAGGGAAGCUUUUAAGGGAGACCAACAGUCUGUCUGAGAAGAACCACCAACUGAAGAACAAGCUGGACGAGAGUGAUCGACGAUGCACAGCUCAGCAAGAUCAGAUCUUUGAGCUGAAGCAGGAGCUCACAAACUCCACUGGAGAACUGAAACUCCGUUUGGCCCAGGCUGAGGAGCGCUUGGACAUGGAGAAGAGAAGAUCCAAACAAGCUCUUGAAGACAUGGACAGUUUACGACAGAAAGAGGUAGAUCAAGUCAACAGACACCUGGAGGAGAGUGAGAGGGCUCUACAAGAUCGUAUUCUCAAACUGGAGGGCCAGCGGAUCCAGCUGGAGGAGGAGCUGAGCCGAGUGAAGGCCGCUAUGGUGACCGAGAGAGCGCAGGCGGAAGAAGAGCUGGGGAAAGUGCGAACGCAAGUGCGCCUAGAGGAGCAGCAGCAUCUGAGCAGCAUGGAGGAGAAGCUCCGGAGCGCACGUCAGUCCCGGGAUGAGGCUCAGAGCCACUGUGCCCAGCAGAAACAGACCAUCACCGAGCUGCAUGCACGCGUAGGCCAGCAGAGCAUCGAGAUGGAUGCCCUGCGGCGUAGGAUAGACGAGCUGCAGCAGGAUCUGGCAGGGAAGGAGCAGGAGAAGAUGGCAGAGGUGACGCGGGUCAGGGUGGAGCUGCAGGAGCAGAUUGGCCACCUUCAGGCGGAGCGGACAGCUCAGAGCGGCCUGAAGGAGAAGAUCGCUGCCCUGGAGAGAGAAAUGAAGGCUCUUGGUGCCUCCCACCGCGAGGCUCUUCUGGACAAAGAGAGCGAGAUCUCGUCUCUGCUGGAGCGCCUGCGUAUGAAGGAGGGAGAGAUUCAGCGCAUGCGCGAGGACGAGGCGCAGAGAGCCAGCUUCCUCCAGAAUGCGAUCCUUACCUACGUCCAGGGCUCACCGCUCGGACAUUACAGCCCCAAAAAGUGACCGCCAGCCCUCCCCAACGAACACAGUCAGCAUUACGAUCACGCACUUCCUCUCAUGUCAGCUGGACAUCGACUUAUCUGAUCAGUAAACACUCCUGGCUGGUUUUGAGGAUAUUUGAUGUGCAGAUUUGUACAUUGUUUUGUACAUUUUUUAGUUUUGAAAGUUUCUGGUUUGGACCAGAGGAUGUAAAGUGCAGCUGCUUGACAUGGCUUUGCAUUUGGUCACUGUUGUAACCGAACUCCGUAUCUCUGACAUGCUAACUUACAGGAGAAACAUGUUCUUAAAGGGGAAUUCCACCCAUUUUGUAAAAUUUCCACAUAACUCACCGUGUGAGGUGUAAUCGGAGAGAUUCAGAUCGGUUUGUUGUAAAAUGGCUUAGAUGUCUUGACAGUGGUGGUGAUAGGAACCAACACAAAUACAUUUUAUUUACCAUCCAGAACCACCAGAGAACCUACACGAGUCUUCUGAAUUUAUAUGGAAUCUUGAUGAUGGAAAAUAGUGGAAAAUCUGGAAUAAUAAGGUUUCCUUGAGGACUGUUUUACUGCACAGCGCCCUGCAUGUCUCCCUCCACCAUGAAUGGAGUUUAAGUUCUCUAAACUAUCAUAAAACAGCGUCUCAGUCAUCAGGCAGUAAAUUCAUAACCAUUUCAUGUAGGAACUUUCUGUUAGGGAGCUUUUAGAGGGGCACGUCUGGUUCCUAUCACCACCACUGUAAACAGUUCUGACUUGGUAAUUUUCUCUAGAUGAGAACAUUAUUAGGAUAUUGGAAUUUCCCUUUAAGCUGGAGUUAUGAGCUUUGGUUAAGACAGCGAUGAUAAACUUAUCUAAGUGGUGCCCUGUGUGGUAUUUUUCUCUUUAAUAUGAAUAAAUUAUAUUCAGAUAAUUUGAACCUCUUCAUUGAAUCCAGCCGGUAUCUCAGGAUAAACAAACGCAAGCCAGGCUCCUUUAGAACCAAUGCAGCAAAUCUGUACUCGAUCCUUAUUUUUGUGCAAACAGAAAAAUUAUGAUCUUUAUGAAGUCUGUGUCUUGUCUGCUGGCAGUUGCUGUGAGCCAGAUCAUUUUUAAAUAUUUUAUACAUGAUUAUUUUCUUGUAUGGACUGUUUUUAUACAAUAAAAUGUUUACAGAAA